GCAGAGCAGUUAACGCCCUCCGAGUCCGCAGCAGAUUCAGUUCCUGUUGCUACGACACUUCGCACUCGGUAUUAGGACUGCGAGAUAUUAUUAACCGUCAGCUCCAGUCCUAGAAGUAACCGAGAAAACGAGACUUUCUCCAUCCGGAGUGGCUAACAGAAGGAGGGAAGUUGAAAGGGUUUGAGACCGAACUCGCUUGGACACUGACAAUCAAGCAUUCAAGAGCAGCAGCACCUGGGAGUUGUUCAAGAAACUGCGGAGUACAAAGUAGAUCAGCAGCCACCUCGCACAAGGGCAGAGAGGUGAUCGCGGAUUUACCACAGCUUAACUGCGCGCCUUGCCUCGGCUGAGCGGCGGCAAAGAUGAACUGCACGAAAGACAACUACGAUUCCUCCGCAUUUACGUCCACAUAUUUCGUUGUGAUUUACAGUCUUGUCUUUAUUAUAGGGCUUCCGGAAAACAUCGCAGCAUGCUUUUAUUUACUACACAACACAGCCAAUAAAGGACUGACUGAAGUCAAAAUCUACAUGAUCAAUUUGACACUGGCAGACCUGAUGUUCAUCCUGUUUCUUCCAUUCUGGGUCGAUUAUUACAUCAACGGAAGAGACUGGAGAUUAUCCGACAACGCAUGCGGUUUCUUGGGGUCUCUGUUUUACAUCAACACCUACAGCACUCUCUGCUUCUUGACGCUGAUAAGCUUCACCCGCUACCUCGCUGUCUCACGGCCGCUGAAAACAGCUCAGUCGAAGCAGCUCGUAAGAGGUAUAAUUGUUACCGUUGUAAUAUGGACAGGAACUGUGGGUUCUGCUAUACAUACUUUGAUCACCAGCAGUAACCACACCAAUAAAAGAAAUGACACCAAAACAAGCUGUUUCGAACAUUACUGCAGCGACUAUCCGUCGGUGCGAAAAGGUUUAUUGGCCAUUCACUCGAUUAUGGUGCUGACUUUCGCUGUCCUCUUCGGUGUGGUGAUUGCAAAUUACAUCCUCAUCCUUCGAAAACUUUUGAUUGAGAAGGUAGCGUUGAGAUUGCCUCAAGGCAAGCUGAAGAAACGGGCUUCCCGAAUGGUGCUGAUGGUUCUAGUGAUCUACAUCCUUUGUUUUCUGCCAUACCACUUGAUCCAGCUGCCUUGGGUGUUUUUCGUUCUCGGCUUCUCGGAAUCCGGCGAUAGCAACUUCAGGAAGAGAUUCAAUGACCUUCACCACGUUACUCUGGGUCUGAUGUGCAUGAACUGCGUUCUGGAUCCUAUUGUUUACUGUUUCCUGACCGAAGAUUUCAGGCAAUACCUGAGAGAGUUGAUGGGCUGCCUCAGGAAUAUCAGUGUUCUGAAGAACAGGCAAAAAUCUCAAACCGUGCACAGUUGAUCGCAGUAUCCGAAUUAGGUGUGAAUGUAUUGAUUGUAUAUUCUCAGUGAUUUGUAUCAUAUUGUUUUGCAAGUAACGACGAGUACAAAAAACACAACGAACACCAGAGUGUACCGACCAGCUCGGGGGAAAUCCGUACGAAGUAUGGGUUAACACACUGUUUCAUAUAUUUUUUUACCAGAGCCUAUCACUUCGUUUGAUCCCAUGGCUUUUUACAGUUCAUCUGCUGUUUACAAUUGCUCUUUUUACAUUCCUGUUUAACUUCAAUAACAAUGAAUUAACAUUCUAGAUUUUUUCUCAUUGAACGUCUUCCUUUAAAACCAACGAAAUUGCCAGUUCUUAAGAGUUAUUUACGAAAAGGGAAGCGGUGUUUUUACUCAAAAGGCGGUUUAUAAAGGCUCACAAAAUUCGGUAGGAGGAACAAAGAUAAACACAGGCAGAUUUUGUUUAAUCUCCUGGAUUGGGGAAUCUCGAACCAUAGGGGCACGGAGUUAAGGUGAAAGAGGGGGAAAUGUAAAGCGGGUCUGAGGAGAAAGUUUUUUUCCCGAGAGGACGGUGAAUAGCGAAUACGGAGCUCGUGGAGGCGCAUUCCAUAGGAAUAUUUGUCUGGAACCUAGAUAGGGAAAUAGUCGCGGUAAACGGGCCUAAUACAGACUAGUCAGGCAUUGUAGCUGGCACAGGUGAAGUUGUCCAAAGGAUCUGUUUCGCUGCCGUGUAUUAUAUGAAACACAGCAGGAUUACAGUCUGGUGAGUGUGACGACAAUGGUAGGGAAGUUAUUGGAAAACCUCUGAUCUUCUGCAAUGGAAAGGCAGGAACUGAGCAGAGAUAGACAGCAUGGAGAGGAGAAAAUCGGCAGAUGCUGUUUGGAUAUACAGCACGGUCCUGUUGUGUAGGGGGUACAGUUUCCAAGUGUAUCAGUCAGUUGCUCUCUGGUCAUUGUCAUGGUCAGUUGGUCUCAGUCAGUAGCAGUUGGGAAUUUCUGUGUCUUUGAGCUAUGGACGCAGUAUAGUCCACCCUUUUUUGAUUUCCAUUAACCCAUGCCCAUGGCAAACAGAACUAAUGAGGAGAGCCAUCUUACCCCAAUGGAGUAGGAUGAUCAUUCCAAUAGUAAAGGAAAAGAUCCACCCAGUGGCUUUUCCCCAGGAGCUCCAGAUUCCACUCACUUUCGAAAGAUGUACUGGUUGAUAAGUUAACUGGCCUGUGUAAGUUCUCUCCAGUAACAAGUUCUGACCCGGAAAUAAUUCCUCAAUGGCUCUACAUCCUAGAUUUCCCUCCUCAGCAGCAUUGUGGGACCCCCUGCCCCAAGGGACUGCAACUGGUCAAGAGGACAGCCCAUCACCAUUUUUUCCUAGGCAAUAAUGUUGGUCACGAAUAAUAUUUAUCAAACCUCUUCAGUUUUCACUCACAGUUAAUGAACUCAAUGUCCCGAACUACACAAAAUGAAUAUGUCUUGUAAAAAAUGUGAGAAAAUGAUGCAGCUUGUGAUUUUACAAGAUUGGCAGAACAUUUCUUCACAGACCCAUUGCUGUUUAAUGAAGAGCUGUGCAGCUCCAAUUAAUUAUAUAAAUAUUUGUGGCUUUUUUUUUAGGGCCUGGCACAAUGUCUUCAUUAAAUGAAGGCAAAAGAUAGAGUUUUCAGCUCUUUCUUGAGUAAUUUCUCCAGAGUUCCAGUAUGUUAUAAGUUGGAAUUUACUGGCCAGCACUCUGACUAUGUAGAAUAUACACAUACCCAAGGAGUCCUGAAGCAGAUAAGGAAGAUGAUUAAAUGGCCUACUGAUUCACAGCUGGGUUGAUAAUAUCUUUUCAAAUCUCU